AUCAGUUCUCUGCUUAAGUUCGUCUGAGGAGGUUGUUUUCGUGACCGAUUUAAGACUAUUAUUUAUGUGCGGAUAGCCGGUUAAGCCAUAUCUAUUCAAUUUCGAUAGCAAUCGGUUUAAAGCUGGAACAGCUAACUUAUUGGUACAUUUGAAAAGAGAUUUAUCUCCACUGACCCAACCCCCCACCCCAAACAAAAAAAAAAAAAAAAUAUAUCGCUGCCUUCAGUAACAUAUAUAACACCAUCGUGUGUGUAUUUGAGUGUGUUUAGUGAAACCAUAGGAAAAAAAGGACAUCCAACAUAAGAGGAAUAUUUUGUUUGUCCGUUCGAAAAGUGAUCCGAUUGUUUGUGUGAAAUUAUAAUCAGGGUUGUGAUUCCUUUGAAAAGAAUGACCUAAAUUUGAUAACUGCUUAAGAGGGGAAGUGAGUAAAUGAGUAUGCAUGACGCGGAAAUAUAUUUGCCCAUUUUUGGUCCUGUGUAAACGAAAUUUGGCGUUUUUUCGAUUUUUUGUUUGCACUUUUUUUGUGGGUCGUUAUUAAAAGUGGAACAUAAAUGAGAUUUUUUUCAAAUAAUGUGAUUACGUGCCGGUAAAAAAGUUUGCUUUUCAUUUGCAAUAUUUGCACAGCAAGUGAGUGAAAAAACCAUCAUCAAAACCCUAAGAAAACGCUACGGUUUUUAGAUUUACAAAAAAAAAAAAAAAUACUUUGUGAGCGUGCAAGUUAUUUUUGAAAAGAAAAUGUUAAAAAAUCAUUGACAAAAAAGUAUUGAAAAGUUGUGAAAAAACAUAAAUUUCCGCAACUUUAUAGAGAGAUAUUAUAUAAGCAACAUAACUAUACGCAUCAAAAUACAGGAAUAUCAUCAUCAUUUUCCGAAAUUAAGGAACAUUUUUUCUGGUAAAUGAUUAAGCAUUGCGCUUUUCACAACGUAAUAUCCUGAGUAUUAUCAGUGACAAGUAAAAGAUUCUUGAAUCAAGAGUUUUUGGGGAGACGGAUUUAGAUAUAGAAGAAAAACACAGGCAUUAAACAAAAAAUGCAAACGUCACAAAGAUUGCUGCAGUUACUUUGGAUUGUCUUCAUGACAAUUUUCACAAAAGACACAUUGGCGUUGCGCGAUGUACGUGUCAAGGUACCACAUGCUGUGCGUCGCGGUCAAAGAAUUACCUUGAAAUGUCACUAUGACAUUGAAGACGAUACACUUUACUCGGUGAAAUGGUACAAAGGACGACGAGAGUUUUACAGCUAUACGCCAAAUGAGAAUCCUGCCCUUAAAGUUUUCCAAAUACCAGGAGUGAGAGUAGAUCGUUUGGCCUCUAAUGAAACUCAAUUGGUUUUGGAAUCAGCCUCAAUGGCCACUGGGGGCAAAUACUCGUGUGAGGUCUCAGCUGAUGCACCAUCCUUCCACACCCUCAUAGCAGCCGCUGAAUUGGAUGUUGUAGAACUGCCUCACAAUCCUCCAGUUAUCACAGGAAUGCGUGCCCGCUACCAUGUUGGUGAUAUAUUACGCGGCAAUUGUACAUCACGCCACUCGAGACCAGCAGCAAAUCUCACUUGGACAGUAAAUAAUGAAGAGGUACAUCCAUCCUACGUUCGCCAUUAUAAAGUUCACAAGGAUACGCGCAACGAUAUGCAAACUGCGACAAUCGGACUACAUUUUGUCAUAAACGAUUAUCAUUUUGAAAAUGGAAAAUUGAAGGUUCGUUGCAUAGCUGAAAUUGGUGAUAUAUACCACAAGUCUUCGGAGAAAACACUUCUUGAUAUAGAGUAUCACCACAAAUAUCUUGCCAGCAAUACGGUGAAUAUGAUACCUACAGACAAUGAACAAGACUAUGAUCAAUAUGCUCUUCAAGAUGGUGAAAUGCUGAGAAAAGAGGAUACGUAUUUUACACAAAUACAAGAUUUCUUCAACAACUUCAUGACUUCAAAUGAUGCUGAAAUUUCUGCCUGGUCUUCGGCGAGUUCAACUAAUUCUCUACAAUUGCUCACCUGCACAACGAGUCUGCUAAUCACCACAUUUCUUCACUUAUGUUGGCAUCUAAAGAGCACUUGUGUACAUUUUUCAUGAAAUCACUGCAAUUCCCAUAGAAAUUAUAAAUGUUAGGAAAAUACACAAAACAAAUAAGCACAAGCCUCAAAGCGAUGAUUUGAAUAUUAAAAAGCUGGAGGAAACGGAUGUUGACAUGAACCAGAAAGACACACACCUAAACACAAUAUACAUAACACAGCAUAACACAUGUUACCGUAACACCACGCCACACCACAAGACAAGAAAUCCAAACAUAAACCUGAUUUGUUUAUAAGUUUUUGUGUUUCAUAGUGCCACUAAAAUAUAUAUUUAAAUAUAUUUUGUAAAAUUAUUUAAUAUAAAUAAAGACCCCAUCCUCACAAAAAAGGACAAAUUUAAAGAAAACAUUGAGAAAAUCCUAUUGUAUUAUAAUGAAAAACGUGUUAAAAUGUAAAAGUGUAUAGAAGGUGUUUACCUUAAAAAACAAAAUCAGAUUAUAUAAAUAAUAAAUAAUAAAAAAGGAAUAUUAAUAAAUAAACAAAUGUCAGUUACAACAUGCUAUGUGAAUUUUCCGCAAGUGUUUUGAAGAUUAGCUACAAAUAAAAACAAAAUGGUUUAUUGAGGUAUGUUUAACAAAUGCAAUUCAAAUAGAAUAUGAUGCUCAAAUAGAUUGAUAAAGAAACGGAAUAGAUAUUUGCAUAAGAUAACUCUAUAUAUAUAUACAUGUAUGUA